AUGUCGUUGGCAAUGCUGAAUGGCUCAGUGAAUCUUGCUGUAAAGCAUUCCCUUGACGAUCUCUUGGGUAACCCAGUUCGCUUUCGUGCCGCUUCUGUCAGUACUAGCUCUACACCUGAAGGGCCCUAUGUUCCUUUGAAUGCACCCAAGAACGAAAAGGCGGGUGAUUUUCCAGGAUCUAAAGAUUCUGAAAAGAAUUCAUCAUCCAACAAGCCCUUGUCCGUCAGCGUUCCUUCCGCUGAGCGUAAAAAACCUUCUGGUACCCGUGGCGAAGGUGCGGACGAUUUUGUUGACGAAGACCCGUCUUUCAUUCCCCCUGCUCGCAUUCUAUAUCCUGAGGAAAAGAUUGCUUUGAACUGGCAAUCAGUUCUCCAAAAUGCACCAGGUCUUGUCAACCUCGGCAACACUUGCUUUAUGAAUUCCGUUUUACAAAUGAUGACCCAUACCCCUCCUUUGGCACAAUAUUUACUUUCUGCUCAGCAUUCCAUGGCCUGUCGAUUAAAUUCUUGUGUCUUGUGUAAAAUGGAACAGCAAGUUGCUCGUGCCUUUCCUAACAAAGGUGCCAAGCGCGCUUCUGCAUUCAAACCAUCAGGUAUUCAGGGCAUGCUGAAAGUAAUAGCAAGCCAUUUUCGCCCUUACCGCCAAGAAGACGCACACGAAUUUAUGCGUUGUUUAGUAGAUGCUUGGCAAAAGUCUUGUCUUCAAAAUUACAAGAAUUUAGAUCAUCCUAGUCGAGAAACUUCCGUCGUCCACCGUAUCUUUGGUGGAUACCUUCGCCAGCAAAUCCUUUGUUCUGUUUGUAAGAAGCCUUCCAAUACUUAUCAGGCAUUGCUCGAUCUGUCUAUAGAAGCAAAAGAUGCAUCGAUGCUGGAUUGCUUAAAACAAUUCGUCCAAGCUGAAAAAUUAAUCAAGCAAAAUCGCUAUCGCUGUAGCAACUGCAAGAAGUUAGUGGAUGCAACAAAAACCAUGACUGUUUAUCGCGCUCCUAAUAUUCUUACCAUUCAUUUUAAGCGUUUUACCUUCAACGGCUAUAAUGCUACCAAAAUCGGUAAGCAUAUUUCCUAUCCUGAGCGAUUCGAUCUUGCCCCUUAUAUGUCAGAUCCUUCUCGCUCUUGUCGGUACGAACUGAUUGGCGUCUUAGUCCACGCAGGUGGAAGCACUCGAAGUGGCCAUUACUAUUCUUUCUGCAAAAGUAGUAAUGGUAUGUGGCUCAAGUUUGACGAUGAGUUUGUCUCAAAUUCUAGCAUCGAUCGGGUAUUGAAUCAACAGGCCUAUAUUUUGCAAUACAGACGUAUUACGGAAUCUUCUUCCGGUAAGAGAAAAACUGGUGAUGCAGGCAUCUCUGCACAAUCCAACAAUCAGAAAAAGAAAAAGAAAAAGAGUGUGUCUUUUUAA